GCUUUGCUAGGGUUUUAUGGUGAAAGCAAAUGGGCAGGGAAAGUAAGAUGGCUUCUUGGUCUGAUCUUCCGAAAGAAAUUGUUGAAAAAAUCAGUGAAUCCCUCGACAGCCAUAUUGACAUCACCCGUUUUCGUGCAGUCUGCAAUUCAUGGCGUUCAGCAAUUUCUCCUAAUUUUAAAAUUUCCAAAUCUGUCUUUCCCAUCAAACUGCCUUUACCCAACAUAACAAUGACUCAGGAUUUUCAUAAAGAAUCUGAGUUUUAUUUAAUUGAAAGUACUGUUUAUCUUUUACAACUUCCUCAUCCUCCUCACACACCCUGGUUGGUCAAGGUUGUGAAAACAGUAGACGGAAAAUUAAGGAUUUUGAAUCUUCUAACCAACACAGUAUUCAAGGGUUUUCCCGAUAAGAAAUUGAAUUCACUAGAUUUCCGCCUUUCUCAAGUUUUUAAAUCAUAUCAUGUCCAGUGGAUCUUAAAGCCUUACGCCCGUGAAUGUGAACUACAGGUUUUAGUUAAUAAAAUCUUGUUUAUUUGGAAUGAUCAAACUAAUCAUUUUUCUUUACUGGCAAUUAGUAUUUGGGAUAAUUUAUUGUGUUUUAAGUCAGGGGAUGAGAAAUGGACUGCCUUGAAAGAUCGCAGUGCUAAGAUUGUCGAUAUUAUUGUGUAUAGGGGGGAUUUUUAUGCUGUUGAUACUUAUGGAGAGACCAUAAUGUAUGACCCCUCCUCGUUUAACGAGACCAAUGUAUCUUCCAACGUAAAGAGAUUAUCUUCGAGCAUUUUUAAUGGAUGGGGUAGUAAGAAACGACUGGUGGAAUCAGGUGGGGAGUUGUUUCUGGUUGAUAUGUUUUUAGAUACUGAUGUUAAGACGGAGUUGCAUGGUUCUCAACCUUCAUGGAAAAGUCCCAAGGAAAUUAAGAUUUACCGGCUUGAUGAAGAACAACAUGAGUGGAUUGCAGUGCAUACAUUGGGUGAUCGAAUUGUUUUUGCUGGUGACGACUGUUGUUUCUCUGUUUCGUCAUCAGAUUUUGGUGAUCAGUGCAGAGGAAACUGCAUUUACUAUGUGAAUGGAGGUAUAGUUGUGAACAUCUUGGGAAAUGACCUUAGCGAAGAAGUGAAACUUAGAUAUAAAGGAUUACAUGGUCAACACACAGGUAUCAUUACUUUACAAGAUGGUAAACUUGGUUCUUUGAUAUCCUUCCUCGAAUAUGCAGAUAUUUUCUGGCCACCCUCAUCUUGGCUUUAUACUGGCGAUCGGGCAGUUCUUCAGACACUCAUCACUAACUUUACGCCUCAGAUGUUGCCUUUUCUAUAUCGUAUUUAACUGGCUAAAGAUUUAGAUACUUUGUUUUUGAAACUCAAUGCCUUUCUUUUAUUUAGACACCCUUUUUAAUUUACUCUUUGGCACUAUCUAUGCUAUACUUGUUGUUAAUUAAGUUGAUUAUCCUUUGGAAUAAUUUACUUGCUUUGUUACAUUUUUGUGCUAAAGGGUACUCUUGUGCAAGUGUAGCAUCGUAUCUACUCUUUUG